CAGCAGCAAACAGCAGCAGCCAAACGAAUAACCAGCAGCCCAACUAGUCGAAUACUUAACGUCAGCAGCCAUGAAACGGACAUACUUGUUGCUCUGCCUGAGCCUGCUGACCUGCAACGUGGCCAACUCGUCCUUCCUGCGUCCCAUCGAUCUUAGCCAGCUGGCAAAAUCCUCGAGCAUUCAACAGCAGCAGCAACUGCGCGGUGAUCUGAACCGAGAUGAUAAUGGUAACAACGAGGACGACGAUGAUGCCACCACCCUGGCCCCCAAUUCCAGUGAGGAUUACGACACCCGUCCCCAGUACAGUUUCGCCUACGAUGUGAGGGACUCGCUGACCGGCGAUGACAAGCGGCAGGAGGAGAAGCGCGACGGCGAUUUGGUCAAGGGUCAGUACUCGUUGAUCGAACCUGACGGCACUCGUCGCAUUGUGGAGUACACCGCCGACGAUGUGAGUGGCUUCAAUGCCAUUGUCUCCAAGCAGCGUCUGGAUGAGCAGCAGCAGCAAAGGAUCUCCUCUUCAUCAUCGUCGUCGUCUCGUUUCAACAGCCUCGAGGAGCUGCAGACCCGUCUUACCGCCCAGGCCAUCGCCGAAGCGCAAUCGCUGGCCGAGGCCCAGCAGGCCAGUCAACUGCAGCUGGAGGCCCAGAGUCGUCGCGAAUCGGAGAACCAGGCGCGCAACCAGGCCCAGCAGCUCAUGGAACAGUUCCAGCAGCAGGUGCAACAGCAGGAGCAGCAGCGUCAGCAGCAGGAGCAGCAACUGAGGGAUCUCCAGCGCCUCCAGGAGCAGCGAGAUCGGGAGGAGCGAGAGCGAGAGCAAAGGGAACGAGAGCAGCGCGAGCGAGAGCAGAGGGAGCGAGAGCAGCGAGAGCGAGAACUGCGUGAUCGGGAACUUCGUGAGCGAGAACUCCGUGAUCGUGAGCUCAGGGAACGCGAACAGCGAGAUCGUGAGGAUCGUCGCCAGCAGGCCGAGCGUCGUCAGAGCCAAAACCAGCGAUUGAUCGAUCAGCAGACUCUCCUCUUGGCCCAAAGCCUGCCCAGCAUCCAGGCCACCGUCGUCUCGCACCCGCCCACUUUGCUGGCCUCCCGCCUGCCGGCCGCCACCACCAGCAGCUCUUCCAGGACCACCACUCUGCUGACCAGGGAACGCGAUCUGGAGGCCUGGCGCCAGUUGCCCCAGGCACGCAUCACCAUCGAUCGCAGCGGUAGCAGCUCCCAGCCCAGCCUGAUCCUCAGCCAGCCCUCCAGUGCCACCGUUCAGGCUCAGCUGAUCAGUUCGCCACUGCUCUUGGAGGCGGGAAACCUCAAUGGAUUGAUAACCACCCGGCUGAAUGGAAAUGCUGCACGAGCUGGAGCCGCUUUGAGUUGGUCCAAUGGACGUCGCCUGCUGAACAAUGAUCUCUGGCAGCUGGACAGGCUGGACGAUCGUGAGGAUGACCGCCGACGGGAGAGUGAGGAGCUGAGGAGCUCCAACAGCGCCGAACGUCGCUCAAAGAACUGGUAA